AUGUCUCAAGCUACCAAAAAUUUACUUGUAAAAUUAAUUGUGGGCGCAGGUCAAGCAGCUCCAACACCGCCAGUCGGACCAGCUUUAGGUUCCAAAGGUAUAAAAGCUAUAGAUUUUUGUAAAGAAUUUAAUGCCAAGACCGCCAGCUUCAAACCAGGUGUUCCAAUUCCAGUUCUUAUUACCAUCAAACCAGACAGAUCAUUUUCAUUUGAAUUGAAGUCUCCACCAACAGGUUAUCUUUUAUUGAAAGCUCUAGGUAUGGAAAAGGGACACGGAACCCCAGAUACGAAUAAUCCUGAUAGAAUAGUGGGUACAUUAUCUUUGAAACAUAUAUAUGAAAUUGCCAAAAUAAAGAAGACUGAUGAUAGACAUAAGAUCUUAGAAAUGGAAGGAAUUGUGAAAUCCAUAAUUGGUGUUGCAAAGAGCAUGGGUAUUAAAGUUGAGCCAUGA